AUGCUCCGCCAGCGACAAGCCGCCGCAGCAUCCGCCCCCGACCGCCGCUCUCAAAAGGAUCAGAUACCCACCAUGGCGGGCGCGACGACGACGACCCUGGACAAUGAGCGCAGUCCGCUGCUCCCACGCCACGAGGACGACGCACACAGCGAACCGCCAACCGAGGCAGAAGACGACGACGAGCAAGCCACUGAGAGCAUGGCUUGGGCACGACGGAAUCAGUGGAUUGUGCUCGCCGUUGCGAGCGGCGCUUGCGCUGCUUUCAAUGGCGUGUUUGCAAAGUUGACCACAACUGAGCUCACAACGACAAUAUCUCAAGCAAUCUCCAACUUUCUUCAUCUUCAAGAUAUCGAAGGAGCCUUUGAGGUUGUCAUGCGAGCAGUCUUUUUCGGUCUCAACCUCGUCUUCAACGGCAUCAUGUGGACUCUCUUCACAAAAGCACUCGCCAAAGGCCAGUCAACCACGCAGGUGUCCAUCAUGAACACGUCCUCCAACUUUGUCAUCACCGCCAUGCUCGGCUUCGUCAUCUUCUCCGAGUCGCUGCCGCCGCUCUGGUGGGUCGGCGCCGCCAUGCUCGUCGCCGGCAACGUCAUCAUCGGCCGCAAAGAUGAGGAGGCGGACAAGUCUGGCGACUAUGCGCCGGUGCCGCAGCAGCCGGGUCUCGCUCCGGUCCCGCUGGAUGGCGGCGACGAGGACAAGGACUCCGAGGACGAGGAUAUUGUCGAUUUGGGGGACUUGAACUCUGUGGAACAUCGCACUUGA